AUGGCUACAAAAGCAGGAAUUACCACACUAAUUAAAAAUAGCACAGGAGAAGCAAAAACAAUUUUGAGGGCAGCAGAGUUCAAUACAGUGAAAGAUGCAAUUCAAAAACUACGCGAAUUAGACGCAGAAAAGGUAGAAGCCCAAGUUUUAGUUAGCAAAAAGGAGACAAAUUACAAUAGCUACCAGAGCGCCGUACCAGCCCAACAGUGUCAAAACUGUUGGCGCCUUCCACGACAAAACUAUCAGUACCCACCACGACAAAACUAUCAGCGUCCAUUAAGACAACAGCAGAACUAUUACCGCCCACCCCACCACAGUAAUAAUUACUGGCACAGAUACGACCAGCGUCAAUUCCACCAUAAUCAAGGAUUUCAAACCCCUAAAUUUGGAAACCAGCAGAGGGUCACACCUAGACAAAAUAAUACGAACGACAGCCCCUUACACAAUGGAAAAGUGGUUUUAGCUCAGCAGGAGGCUGAAUCAUCUGCGAAUUAUCAACAACAAGACGUCGAAGAAGCGCAUCGUAGCAACGAAGAAGAACACAAAUAUCACGAGGAAGAAGCCCGCCAGAGAUUCGACAAAGAAGAAGCAAAACGCAAGGAAGACGAAGAAUCGGAACGUCAACUACUCGAGAUGGUCAAGGAACUAUACAAGGAGAAGAACGAAGAACAGCAGGUAUCAAACAAUAUUAACAUAUCGAUGAAACACCGUAACGAUGGUUCUGAUAGCAGUACGAGUGAACCAAGAAAUGACCAUGACAACGAAGAAGACAUAGAGGACGACAAUGAUGAACAGUUAGAGUUGCAGCAAGUGUUUAAGCUGACCAUUAAUGCACAGCAACAAAACGAGGACCAGGAAUCAGAGGAGCAUCGAGCCUUCCAGAAUAGUUACGAUGACGAAAAAAGUGAGGCGAACCAGUUGCGUCGAAAAAGUACAACAGCAUUACGAGAACGAUCAGCCAUACCGCCGACUCAAAAGAGUAGAAAAAGAAAGAAAAAGAAAAGAACAAGUAAGUCGGACACCUAUUACGAGACUAACGACAGCCAUGCAGAUUUCGACAACUGGGAUCGCUUCCGGAAAAAUUUGGGCGCAGCAGCAGUGAAAAGGCAUGCAGCGACCACUGAUAGUGACAAAUGGUUAGACGUGGAUCACGAAGCAGAACUGGCGGCAGAAACCGCUGUAGCAAAGAAGGUCGAAACCAUUGAGAUCAUUAGCGAACAACGACAGGAAUGCAAAGAGGCAACCGAUGCCCUCACGACCGUGUAUGCCGUCAAGGAGAACGGUGACCCAAACCAGGAAGAUGAAGCAGACGAUCACCUAGACCGCCUUACAUUGAGACCAUCCGACGGGCGGUGGGUACCACCGGCAGCGUAA